GUUUGGUGGCUAAUGCGCAAAAUACUCGAAAACGUCAAAACCAACAAAUAUCAUGAAAAUUUUAAUGGAAAUGAAGGUCAACAAUUUUCAUAAUACAGUUGAUUAAAUACGCUGAUACCAAAGUUAGUGAUAGUGCUGUUUUCGUAAAAAAAUGUAAAUAUUCCGAUCGUAGAAACUAAAGUGUAACAAUGAAAUUCAAAGAAAUCUCUACCUUUAUGGUAGUAUGUUUUAUUUUAUUCGGAAGCAUUGCAUCGUUAGAAGAGUCUAAUAAUAAAACAAACGAAACCAAACCAAAUGAACCAGCUAAACCAUUAAACACAACAGAUAAUCCAGUUAAAAUAUUGCCUGAAAAUGUUAAAAGUACUACAGUCUCCAUGCAAUCAAAAGAUACCAAAGUUAAGGAUAUUACAGAAAUACCAAAACCACCCAUUGUAAACAGCAGUAGUACAGUGCCACCAGUGGAAUCUAAAAAUGUAACCAAGGGAUCUUCCCAACCAGUUUCAACUCCAGCUACUCCAACAUCGACUAAUAAAACAAACACAACAACCACAACCCUUUCUGUGGAACCAGUAUUACCAGAUAAGGAAGCUGCUGAAGAUGAACAUAAUAGUUCGAUGGCUAUAUUCUUUGUAUUGUGUGUACUUGCUAUAGGUAUUUUACUUAUUCAUCUUAUGCUUCAGACAGGUUUUCAAUAUGUUCCUGAAAGUGUGGUUAUUGUAUUUUUGGGAGCUUUAAUUGGGUUAACAAUGAAUGCAUUAUCAAGUCGUAAUAUUAGCAAUUGGAGAAAAGAAGAAGCAUUUUCUCCAACUGCGUUUUUCUUGAUUUUGUUGCCACCUAUUAUAUUCGAAUCUGGGUAUAACUUGCAUAAAGGCAAUUUCUUUCAAAAUAUUGGCUCUAUUUUAGUAUUUGCAAUUUUGGGAACCACAAUAUCUGCAUUUGUAAUUGGUUUUGGAGUAUACUUUUUGGGCCUAAUGGAUGUAGCUUAUAAACUUAGUUUUGUUGAAUCAUUUGCAUUUGGCUCUUUAAUAUCUGCUGUUGAUCCAGUAGCCACUGUUGCCAUAUUUCAUGCUCUAAAUGUUGAUCCAAUACUUAAUAUGAUGAUAUUUGGGGAAAGUAUUCUAAAUGAUGCUAUAGCCAUUGUUUUGACAACAGCUGCCCUUGAAACUAACAAUCCUAACAUUAAUACUGGUGAGGCCAUUUUCAUAGGUAUUGAAAGAUUUUGUCUUAUGUUCUUUGCAUCUGCAGGAAUUGGAGUUGUAUUUGCUCUUUUGAGUGCUCUUUUGCUAAAACACAUUGAUUUAAGAAAAAAUCCAUCCCUUGAGUUUGGUAUGAUGUUAGUAUUCACUUAUGCUCCCUAUGUUUUGGCUGAAGGUAUUCAUCUUUCUGGAAUAAUGGCAAUUUUAUUCUGUGGAAUUGUUAUGUCUCACUACACUCACUUUAAUCUAUCAACAGUUACCCAAAUUACAAUGCAGCAAACAUUAAGAACCUUAGCGUUCAUUGCUGAAACCUGCGUUUUUGCCUACUUAGGCUUAGCUUUAUUCAGCUUUAAACACAGAGUGGAGCCGGCUCUAGUAGUAUGGAGCAUUAUUCUCUGCCUUAUUGGUAGAGCAUGUAACAUAUUUCCAUUAGCCAUUCUAGUCAAUAGAUUUAGAGAACAUCAGAUUACUAAAAAAAUGAUGUUUAUAAUGUGGUUUAGUGGAUUAAGAGGUGCUAUAUCUUAUGCAUUGUCACUUCACUUAAAUUUUAGUGAUGAAACCAGACAUGUUAUCAUCACAACCACAUUGAUUAUUGUGCUUGUUACAACUUUGUUUUUUGGAGGCUCCACUAUGCCUCUAUUGAAAUUUAUGCAAGCUACAAAAAAUCCGUCCAGAAGAUUGAAGAAGCGCAAGAAGGAUAGAGAGGUCACCUUAAGUAAAACUCGCGAAUGGGGUGCUGCCUUGGAAUCGGAACAUCUCUCUGAAACCACCGAAGGUGAAACAGAAGUCGCAUUUGUUUCAGACAGAAUCAAAGGUUUUGCUAAGUAUGAUCUCAAGUACUUAAUUCCCUUCUUUACCAGGAGAUUUACUCAGCAGGAACUAAAAGAUUGUAAGAGUCAAAUGACUGAUUUAACAAAUCAGUGGUACCAAGCCAUCAGGAUUUCUCCAGACCAAUCAGAUGAAGAGACUGGCAACACUCCUAGAUCCAGUAUUUCAAGUAUUGUUCGCUGACUACCAAAGGGAUCUGAAUCUAUACCCCUAGUUCGCACUUGUAAUAAACAGCAUUAAAAAAAAUAAUUAAAAAUUAGUAGUUUCUUACCAUGCAUUGUAAUUGUAUUUUCAUAAUAGGAUUAAUUCAUGUAGCAAAAAGUAAUAUAUUACUCCUCAAGGAAUAUAUCUACACUAUACUUUUACAUUUUUACAGAUACCUAUUUAAAUAAUAAAUUAUUUUAGUAGGGUUAUUACUGAUUAUAUUGUAUACAUUGUUGUUAAAACAGGUUUUUUAAUAACUAAGAAAUUAGUUUAUCAUUUUAAAAAAUGACUUUAAAUUGUAGAUAUUUAGGCACAAAAUUAUUACCUACAUUUUUGAGAAAACUUUUGUAAAUAUAUAAUAUAAAGUAUAUUUUUUUUACAGUAAAUAAUUACUUCAACCCAUG